GUGCGUGGUGGGGCAGUCGAGCUGAGCCCUUAGGAGAGUUGCGCACAAUUAAAACGAACGAGUAGAGGGGACCUCUCAGGAUAAUUCAGUUAAAAAUCUAAAUGUGAAUGAUCAAUGAAUUUCCAGCAUCAACUGGAUGAGCAACUACACACCGACAAGUCUUCCGACGACUACCCGAAAACAAACCUAAACGUACUUGACUGUGAUGACUCAACUUUAAACUAGUGAUUAGUGUAUGUGAUAACCUGUUGAAAUCUCGACAAUAUUUCUUGGUCGGAACUUUAUGGCAGGAAUUAUGGACCUUGUCUGUUGCGAAAUUGCCGAGAAUAAUGAAAACAAAGCUUACGACGACCCCACAUUGCUCGAAGACAGGGUGCUCCUCAACCUCCUCAAAACGGAGGACAGAUAUGCGCUGGUCUGCACAGCUUCUUUCGUUACUAUUCAAUCUGAAGUCACACAGCAGAUGAGGAAAGUUGUCUCAGAGUGGAUGAUGGAGGUGUGUGAAGAACAAAAGUGUCAAGAGGAAGUUUACUUGUUAGCUAUGAACUAUAUGAACAGAUUUUUAAAUUUAUGUAAUAUAAGAAAAAACCAGUUACAGUUAUUAGGUACGACGUGUAUGAUGUUGGCGUCAAAAUUACGUGAACCUUCUCCUAUAGCCGCAGAGACAUUAGUGUAUUACACGGAUAACAGUAUCACAAAACAUGACCUCAUGCGGUGGGAACUUUUAGUUUUAAGUAAGUUAAAGUGGAAUCUUUCGGCAGUUACACCGCUGGAUUUCGUGAAACAUUUGUUGAAGAGGUUGCCGGUUCAAAGGAUAGGAAUUAACCUGGACAUGGUGACAAACCACGCAAAGACUCUUAUGGCACUGUGUGCCAGUGAACAUAGGUUUAUUUCCUACCAUCCCAGCAUGAUAGCUUCUGCAUGCGUUGCUUCAGCACUUUCUGGUAUUGGAUGGGAAAGCAAAAGUGGAAAGAACUUGGAUCAUCUUCUCCAUUUGCUCCAUAAGAUCACCAAAACAGAGGUGGAUUACCUUGAGCAGUGCCUCCAUCAAGUGGAAGACAUGUUAAGAAUGUCUUCUAUUUCAGUCGACGUAUCAGAAGAUUCAUCAUACUGCGAACCUAAAAGGCCAAGUGAGUUCACCCCUCCCCUAGAAAAGAUUCCAGAACACAAGACUGCACUUACGCCCACUGAUGUUUAUGAUGUGCGUUUCUAAACUACCGGCUAGUGAUAACCAAAAAAAAACACUUCGAAAUUGGUAAACCGGGCUGAAAUGCUUCAAAGAACGUCGCAAAACGAAAAGUUCGAUAAGCUUCAGCGGUUUCAAGACUACGAACGUAUCGUUUUUAAUAUAGUUAGUACUUCGUGAUUUUAUAAAUGGAAAAAUUGAAAAAAAUUGUGCUUUGGGGAAGGCUAUAAUAUACGCUUUAAAAUUUUAUUGUGUACAUACCUACGACAAAAAAAAUUUCGAGGAAUUUGUUCAAAUUGAGGCCGGUGUUGCUCUGGAUGAGCUUAGUGCAAACUAAAUAUUGUUUAAGUUAUUAAAAACUGUAAUUAUGUAACUAUAUUUGUGGAAUUUUCGGAAUCCAUUUUUAAAUCAUUUCGAAAACAAUGAUUGGAACUUCUAAGUCGUUUAAACCUAAGAAAUGCUAGAAUAUGGAACUGAUUGAGUUUAUCUCUUGUUGAAAAGGAAAAAUGGGCUAAAUGUACUGGACCACGUGUGGUCAACAACCAUUGUAGAUAAAAAACUAUUAGCGAUUAUGUAGUAUUAGUGUCUCUAGUCCGGCAAAAAAUUAUGAUGAUAAAAACUUAAUAGUAUUUGUAAAUAUUAUCGAUCACAAACUCCAGUGGAUUUGCCAAAUCGCUUUUCUAGUCCAGAUGGAAAAUUGAAUUGUUUCUUAACAAAUUUCAACAAAAAUAUACCUACUUCCUUAUAUCAUUCCAGGAGGAUUUCAAUUUUUUUCAACUUUCAACUCUGUUAGUAUCUCCAUUUAUGAUAUGAUGUAUGAUGUUAUAUCUUCCUUGAUGGAUGAAAUGAGUUUUAGUUACAUAUUCUAGUUUGACAUAAUAAUAAUAGUAAGCUGCAAUAGUCAUAAUUCUUGUUCCUAUUAGGAAAUCAUAGAUAUGUUUUCAAAUAAGGAAUUGUAUGAAUCUGAAAUUACUUCCUGCUGAAUAUGUCCACUAACAUUUUUUCGUUAUCGAUGAUCAAAAAUUUUUAUCUCUCAGUAUUUUACGAUAUUGUUGAAUCACUAAACUUUAUGAAAAGUACUAUUGGUUCGAAAUAAUUUCCCAAGUAGUAACUAGUUAGUGGUAUCGAAAUGAUUGGCCCUGUGGCUUCCUUAAGAAACUUUUAAUUAAUAAAAGUCUUCAUUGGCUGUGUGUUGAAUAUUCUAAUGGUAUAUUCAGUAGUAUUUGGACAAUGCCGUAUUAUACUGAUACUUUGACGAAAAGUAGAAUUAUAUUUCCAAUACACCAAUAAAAAAAAUUCUAAAGUUAAUAUUUGUCGGCACAAUACAUUUCAUCAGUUGCGUUGUUUUGUUCCGACAAAGUAAAUUUGUGAUGUUUCAUUUUCUUGCUUCUAAGGAAAUGUGUGAUUUAGAUAUGCUUUUAUCGAAUAUUUUAUUUAAGAAUUAUCCAAAAUUGAGUGUGAAUACUUGUAACAUAUGUAUAUUUGAAAGAGCCAUGUAUGUACCUUAUAUUUGUUGAUAGAUCCUUACUUCCAUAAGACAAUAAAUAUUAGUCUUUCUGUAAAAUAAUCCGAAUAUAUACAGGGUGUUUCAAAAAGGGGCGCUUUAUUGCUAUAAGAUUGCAAAAUUAGUUAUAUUUUUUUCACUAAAAAAUUUUCGUAACGCCAUAGAUAUUCACUGGUUUUUGAAUAUUUCAUCAGAUAUCUAUCUGUUUAUUCAAAUUUUAUUUAUUAAUUUUAUUUAUUUUUUGUUCUAUUGAUAACCUUUGCAUUUGGUUAAUGUUAUUGUUUUUAGUUCUCAAUAAUUAGGUAAUUGAUUUUUAUUAAUAGUUAAUUUGAAUCAGUUCUUUCUCCAUCAUUUUCUAAUCAGUAUAUUCGGAAAACCGAACAUGGUAUCGAGUUUUACCUAUUAUAUCUUUAUAAUUGAAUAUGUUCGAGUUAACAUAAAAUUCUGACCAGAAAAUUCAACUUCAUAGAAAAUAUGUUGAAAAUUCAGUACGAACCCUGUUACCAUCGCCGUUCACCAAUGUCAGAUAUAAAAACAAACUCAUGCGGUUUAACAGCUUCCAAAAAAUAUUCAUACAAAAUUUUAAAUCAAGGUGGCCAGUUCCUCGAAUACGGAUAAGGUUACGGACAUUUUUUAUUUAACAAAGCCAACUUAUUUUGCAGGGGUCUAUAUAUCCUAGCAAGGGACCACCUUAUUUUGAAACUCCUUGUGUAUAUAUAUUGGUAGGUCUAUGCGAUACGUUGGGUGGUGUUCUACGAUUCGCAGUGUAAACCGUGAGCUCCAAUUUUUUUAUGCUCACAAACACGCGUUUAAACGAACAGAUCGCUCGACGUUGAUGGCGUAAUGUAUAUUAUAUAUCAUAUACAGGGUAUCGGAAUAAGGUGCAUAUAGUUAAGGGACCAAAAGAUUCCAAGAAGAAUAGAGACCUAAAUCCUAUCAACUUUUGAGCAACAAAGUGUUAAAGUUUCGAGGAGAAAGGAACCCUUAAGGGGUUACACCCUGAAGGAUGUGCAUCUUGAAACAACCUGUAUAUAUAGAUAUAUGUAUAUCAAUAGACUUGCUACCACCAUUUACACCCCUAUUCACUGCCAUAUCUCAAAAUGAAGUGAUCUUCACAAAACAAAAGCAAUCAUUCACUACGCAGCAAUGCAUCUUAAAAUACCUCAAAAACAAAAGCAAUGAACACUUUGUAAAUAUGUAAUUAGAUAUUUUAUAUUUGUACAGUCAUAUAUGAUUAAUUUUUAUAGAAUCAUAGAUUUAAAAAUAUAUAGGAAAAACCAUUAAAAA